UAUGGUUCAAAGCUUGGUUACAAGGUAUUGAAUGUGUGGAAUGAGUUUUAUAUAUUAAGUGAUCGUGUGUUGGUAACGUAAUUAAGAAGUCUAUUUAUUGACUAAAAUAUUACUCCCCCAAUUCAUGUGCCUGCUUCCGUUUUCUUCUCCACGUGCAGCCGCUCGUUCUUAUCUUUUUCUUUCUUCCGGCUUAGUUGAUAACCGUUAGAAGAAUAGGUCUCCCACUUGAACUUAAGUAGCCUUCUUUACGUUUCUUAUUAGUAAAUAUCGAGAAUAUGUCCGGCCCAAUACUUCUAAUUGCAAGAAAUAACAUCGGCCCAACAAUUGCCCCCAAUACUUCCUCUGUCAGUCCUAUUCGUGUCUGCUUGCGACGCUCUUCUCGGAAUGUGUCUAAAUCAUCUGGUUCAUGUCAAGAUAUGUUGGUUGUUUACUUGUUUCAGUCGAAAGUUCUGAAAAGGAGGAAGAUACCCUGAGCGUUACAGAUGGUGUUGGCACGUCAUCUGUUAGGGAAGAAUGUGUGCCUGCGGUUUUUGUUUCUGUCGCUGCUAUUCCCGCCUCACACGUCAACGGUAUGGAUUUUUAUAAGUGUUGUAUUCCUUUCAUUCUUUUUCUUUUUAGUUCGUCACUUGAGCUUUGUCUACCUGAUUUCUUUUAGUUGCUUCAUCUUCAUCCGGGUCGCGGCGAGCUCUGAAUUCCCAUGAGUUACGUACUCAUCCUGACUUCAAAAAAGAGAAAAGUGAUGCCUCCGUCCCUUCCUGUUGCGAGCGCAGCUGCUAUGACGACUUGUUCCUUGCCGCCUCGUACUCCUCUAACUCGAACAGAUGCCACUCUAAAUGAAGUCGUUCCCUCGAAGGUUGAGUUUUCCUCAGAUUUCUGUCGUCUUGAUAACGCUCUCAAAAUGAAAAACGAAGUUGCUCAAAUGCUCCUUCCCUCUGCUGUUGACAUCUUUUCGGGUCUAAGUAAUGUCGACAUGCUAUCCACCUCUUCCACUCUAGCUUUCAAGGUGUUGCAGGCCAACUUAGCAGCUGCAAAGCGUAUGCAGGCCUUGGAAGAUGACCUGCUAUCCUCUCAACGUGCCGAGGAAGAGGCAAAAAGGAAACUCUCCGAACUUGUCCAGGUGAAAUUUAGUCUGGAAGAGAGAACAUCAUCUCUGACUUUGAUAAUUGGCAACUUAAAAGAGGAAAUAAAGGAGAGAUCGGCUAGAAUUAGGUCUCUUGAAGAGUAUGGUAGAAGAAAGAGUCAGAAAGUAAUUGAUGCGGCAGGAUUCUACACUUGGCAGACCAAGAAGAACAUCAUGGCAUCCUUUCUGGCGGGUGAGAUGAACCAAAGGACCCCAAAUGAAGACAUUGCUAUCUGGGAGAAGCACUUUGAGGGAGUGGAGCCACCAACAUGCGAUGAUGGCUUUGAUCUGGGCGUUUGUGACACUGAAGCUGAAUCUGGCCGCACUGUUAAUCCGUAGGUUGUUGUCUUAUUAUGAAUAAACAAUUAUGCCGCUUUCCUCUUUGGUUUAUGCGUUUGGAAUUAUGUUUUUUACUUUUGUUUUGGACAACAUCUGAUCAUGCCAACUGGUGGUUUAUCCAGUGUCCGAUGGUCAUCGUUUCCGACUGUUUCUCUUUUGUUUACAUAUGAUGAUGAAUUUGUUUUUUCCUUGUACGCCGACUGUCAUUUGUAUUGGUUAUCAUUACCAUUGGAAAAAUGUGU